GAUUCUCCUCUUACUUACAUUGAAGACUAACAAUUUUAAUAUUUUAAUUCAGUUCACUAUUAUUAUUUGUUAAACUAGUUAGCUAGCUUGGCCAUGGGACGAUAAAAUGCCGAAAAUAUUCUACAUGAAGCAACAUUUAAAAGGAUACUGGAUUGUUUCGGUGGGCGUUUAUUUCUCGUGGCCCCUGUGCUUAGCAACACAUCCCUCUGCCACUCUGCCGGUGGCCCGGUCGGCUUUCCUAACUGGGACCGCGCUCAUCAUAAUCUACUGCGCCAUUCCAAAGCCACGCCCUCAAAACACAUGAACGCGCACUGCUGGAGUCGAGGAGAGCGGGAAUGGAGCGUAGAAGAACGUAGCGGUGAUUGUCGUUGUGAUAUCCCAAAACACAAUGGCUCAUUCACAAGAGGCACAACCUAUUUAUAUGGCAGUAAAAGGGGUGGUGUUCGAUGUCACCAGCGGAAAGGAGUUUUAUGGUAAAGAUGCUCCGUACAACGCCCUGGCUGGUAAGGACUCCACUCGAGCUGUGGCUAAGAUGUCCCUGGACUCAGCAGACCUGACAUCAGAUACUACGGGCCUGACUGAAGAGCAGCUGACGUCUCUGGAUAGUGUAUUUGAAGGCACAUACAAAGCAAAGUAUCCCAUCGUGGGAUACACAGCGUCACGCAUCCUCAACGAGGACGGAAGUCCCAACGAAGACUUCAAACCGGAGGACCAGCCGCACUUCCGGAUCAAAGAUGAGUUUUAAAUCUCAUUUCCUCCGUUUGUACAAUUAUUAUUAUUUCAGGAAGGAGUUUUGUUUUGUUAUCUCUUUGAAUAUUUUCUCUUUACUUGAUCAGAAUCAGAAUCAAAUAAAUGUAAUAAAGGUACAAGAGGAGAAGAAAAUACAUAUGACUGAACUGAAGCUGUGGGAGCUUUAAUGCACACAGCCCCUAAGAAACCAUUUCAAUACAUGUUAUAUCUUUUUUAAGGACAUAAAUAUAAAUAUAUAUUAAUAUUAAAUUAUUCAGUUCUUAUCUAUUGAACUUUCAAAAACAGAGUGGGAUGACAUGUUUUUUUACCUUCAUAAAGCUGCAGUUUUAUGAUGCUGUUCUACAUUUGUCAGAAAUGAAGUUAAAACAUAAACAGAGUAUUUGAUUUAUUUGAUAGAGAAAGACAUGAAGAAGUUAAAUGUGAUAUUUUGUCAUUGUGUGAUUAAAAACUGUGAAUCUGCAGCUCUGUGAAUGUUUACAUGAUCAGAAUCAGUCCAUGUUAUUUAAACCUGAUUUUUGUUUUUCUACAAUUAUCAUUAAAGUCCUUAAAUCAAAUAAAAGUUCUCAAGGUUUGUCUCACUUGACUCUUCCAAAGAAACAU